AGAAAGAGGGAGGGAGAGGAGGGGAAGAACUUUAGGGAAACAAUCCCCCAACUACCAAAUGCUAUUUUUAAGAACUGUCUUGAACUUGACACAGACUGAGCUGGAUUUUAAACAUAGCAGUUUGGACUAAAAGCGAACACCUAAAAGGAUAACAUGAGGUGACAUUUAAUGAUCUAUUUUUUGUGUUUCUCAUGAUGUUUGUCUUGUUCCUGUUUGUGAUCUUCACAAAACUCCUCAUCAACUGCAAUUAUUUGGUGAACUACUGAGCCAUGAGCAUCCCGAUUGCACUUACUCUUCUUGUGCUGUGUGCGGCCAAAGUCCAUUGUGGUCAGGAGAGUCCAGUAUGUCCUCGGAAAGAAGUCCUGGCUUCAGGUAGUUUCAUCUAGUGUCCCUGAUACUGGAACUUUUAGCUGUGCUCAUCAUAGCUGGAAUCCUAUCCUGGUGUGCUGGCCUUGAACGUGGGGUCAGAGGUCAUCCUGGGCUGUAGGGGCGAUGUCACUGUGGAUAGUGUUCCAUUAAUAAUGAGUACAAAACACAAAGAGAGACUCGAGAGAAGAGGAGAUGUAACUAGCCAUUGGACAUCCCAAAAAGCCAGAGAGAGUCCUGGUACUAUUGGAAUACACCAUCCAGAAAUUGAGAACUUUGCCACGGCUGGAAAGUACAAAAUUAAAACUGCAACUGGAAUAUAUGUCACUGAAUCUGUAACCACUGCUAACCCGGCUAUGAGCUCAGCAAAGGAGCAAAUGGGAAGUGGGCAAGUUUUGCCUGCUGUCAAUCAAUCCACUAAACCCAACAGUGUGAGCAGAGUUACAGAAGAAGGAGGGGUUUUUAGUGUAACCAUGGAAAUGGGGUUGAGCAUUGAGAGAGGCACCAGCACAGAAUAUGAAGAAGAAGAGGACUAUGAAGAGAAGGUGGAAGGAUUGAGAGUGACCAGGUCCAUUAAGAGGCAGGCACGAUGGACUUGGAAUGGUCAGCUCAUGCGAGGCGCUAUGGAAAAUGGCGGGGCUUUAAGACUUCCUGCUCUUCGGUUGACUGACUCAGGGAACUACAGCUGCUAUAGGAGAGGCAAACUAGUUUCAUCUGUUAAAAUCAGUGUUGGCAUCCCUCCAGAGAACCCUACCCUGUCAUGCUACAAGAAAUCCCACAUCAGCAAAAUCCAGUGUGAGUGGAUAUCUAGACAGCCCAUCAUCCCACAGCCUCAGUGUUACCUGCUCCUCAGGAAAGGAUUGGAGAAGAUCUCCAGUGUGAAUUGUUCGUACUCUGCUGCAUGCUCCUGCUGCUGGUGUGUGUUGCCCAGUAUGGAGAAUGACAGAAAUGUAUAUACAGCUAAACUGUGUGUGACUAACACUGCAGGCAAUGCCACCAGUUAUCCAUACAAGUACAUUCCUCAAAACAUCAUUAAGCCAGAUCCUCCAGAUGGAGUUAAAGUGAAGCCAGUUGAAGGUGAGCCUCACAUGCUGAAUGUCUCCUGGUCUUUACCUGCCACCUGGAUGUGGGAGUUGUACUACACCCUUUACUUCCAGCUUAGAUAUCGUCCUCUACGUGCCAAAGAGUACCAGCAGGUGAACACAGAAAGUAGAGACUGGUUGAUUUUGGAUGCUCUGCCACACACUGACCAUGAGAUUCAGAUUCGAGCAAAAGAUGAGUAUGAAGGGCAGUGGAGUGAUUGGACCAGUCCUGUGUAUGCACACACAUGGACAGCUCCUGAAACCACUGUUGCCACUGACAUUAACACCAGUCUGGGGCCGGGUAGGAUAUUUCCAGAAGGUUCUGGGAGGUCAGAAGAUGAAGUGGAGAUUAGGCCUGCUGAUGACAGUGAUGGUGUAAUGUGGGUGUAUGUGCUGUGGGUGGUGGGAGUCUGUCUUCUUAUCACCAUCAUUGUGCUCUCCGUCUGCUCUCUCAGACACAGAAUGCCAUUCCUGCCUAAAAAGAGUAAGGAGAGUGUCUCUUCGGCCUGCUCUUGUUCCUCUCCUUCUCCUCUCCUUCAGCAGCCCCUGAUGAUUCAUAAGAGCAAUCAUCAGGAAGGGGAAGGGGAAGGCAUCCACUUACACAAUGUGGAGUACUUUUUCUCUCCCAGUGGAUCUGCUAGGUCUUAAGCAAACAAGCUGUUACACUGCCAAGACCAAUGUUCUGUGAAAACACACACACACACACACAAACAAUUUUGUCUUAAUAUACUUGUGUGUCUUACUAACCUUCCAUUGACUUUGACCAUUGACUGAUGUUGUUAAUGCAAUUGACCUUGCAUUAAUUAUUAAUGCAGCAAAUUAAUGCUAUACCUACACCUAAACCAAAACCUAAUCUUAACCUUAGUUAAGGUAAGUAAUCUCAGUCAUACUGACAUUAUGAUCUCAGUAACUAAAAAGAAAUCUUAGUUUUUGUUUUUAUUUAUUUAUUUAAAUUAUAUACUGCAGUUUAAAAAAAGCUUGUGGGGACCAGCCACAAGGUUAAAACAGUCAGUUAUUACUAUCUUUGUGGGGACACACACACACACACACACACACACACACACACACACACACACACUUUCCAUCUCUCUGUCAAUUUUUGUCACUCUCUCUCUCUGUUCUGUUGUCUCACCUGUUUGAUCUUUUUUAGUUUAAUAGAGUGCCUUAUUUUACUGAAAUAGCAGUAAAUUACUGUUCAUUUUUAUAUGCUGGGAUAUGACUACAUUUUCAGCCUUCAUCUUCCCAGUGUAAAUGGUGUAAUGCAUUGGAUACUAUUAGGCUUUGUUUAAAUUCAGAUAAAAUGUUAUUUAAGGCAGAGUAUAACCUGAAACAGUGGCAUUGACCUAAAUGUCAUCCAAUUCCUGAAACACUGAAUUGUAUACACUUUCCGAAACUGCUGUUUUUGCUAAUGCUGGUUAGAUAACAGUCUUAAAUUAAAGAAAUAUCUUGUUUUGGUUUGUUUUUACAAUUACUUACACACAUUUUUCAAUACUAUACUCACUUUUUAAAGAUUACACAGUUGACACAGUUCUCUUUACCAUCAUGCAGCUCAACACAGCAGUUAACUUCACAUCCAAAAUGCAAUAAAACUACUGAAACACUUCAGCACACCUCAAAAAGUAACUCAUUCUACCAGAACAUUAAGCUUCUAUCUCAAUAAGAACCCUUUAUCAUUCAUAAUGCACUGACCUGAAAAACACUAACAUCAGAUAACAUUAACCGAUUUAUUUUUUUUUAUACUCAACACAACAUUCUGUUACAAAACAGGAACAUGGUGCCUCUUUACUGUAUAGAAUGUACUGGAGUAUACAUUACAGGAAUUAAUAAAAAUGCUACAAUAUA